AUGGCGCCCAGUGCAGGUAGGACUCCAGCACCAACAAAGGUUGUGCAGGCUAACAACGACUCUAGUUUUCGGCUCGCCGAGGAGCAGAAGAACAGGCGACGAAGUCGUAACAAGCGGCUGCUGAGAAAUGCCUCCAAUCCACAAGUGGCCACGACCUCGACCUCAACCUCGAUGCGCGCAUCUUCAGCUGCCCGCUCCAGCACCCAUGGAAGCGAACCCACCCCUCAAGAUCGGCAGGAACGAUCGAGCACCCGAGUAAGAGCUGGGUCGUUGCAUCCGAUAGUGCCAACCGAGGCCGACAUGGUGGAAGACACCCUGGGAAAGACGGCGUUGACAAGGUUCUACCACUACAGCGUCAACAAAUCUAACUGGGAUAUAUUUCGAGAGCAAGGUAUUACACGAAUCGCGUACAUUGGGGGCCCUAUAUCAAACUUGGCCCAGAUUGUCAAGGAAGAAGCACACUUUAGUGGAAGCGAGAUUUCGACUUUACAUCUACCAUUUCCAUCCAUCCGGCCAUUGCUACCAUGGGGCCCAGCGGCGACCAUGCCCCUUGUCAAAUGGCACUCUGAGUCAUUUGCCAAUGAUCUCAGCUCUCUUCCCUCCCAAGAUGUCCGGGAUGACCUUGUCGAUUCAUUCUUCGAGAAAAUCCAUCCCGGAUUUCCAAUCGUGGAUGAAUACGAAUUUCGGAGCGCCUAUCGUGAUCCUCUGAACCCGCCGCCUCUUCUACUGUUACAGUCAGUGUUGCUUGCUGGGGCCCAUGUCAGUCAACACCCGAACAUCGUGUCCUCCAGGGCACUCGUCAAAAUGGUGCUCUUCCGAAGAGCAAAAGCCCUCUUUGAUUUGCGAUAUGAGAACAACCGGAUGCACAUGAUACAGGCAGCCUUGCUCUUCACAUGGCAUCUGGAUGGGGCGGAUGACGUUUGCUCAAAUGCAUACUCCUGGGCCGGCAUCGCCUGUCGUACUGCUUUUGGUCUAGGUAUGCACCGAGAUCUGUCAGCCAAGUCAAACAGCUUAAUGCCUAUCGACGAUAGGAGAAUAUUUAGGAGAAUUUGGUGGACUCUCUUCCAAGUGGAAGUCCUUGCAAGCUUACACCAUGGUCGGCCUUCCAUGAUUGAUUUGGACGAGCUUGAUCAACCACCGAUGAAUGAAGAUGACCUCAUCGAGCAGAAUGGAAUUCGGAACCCCAAGAUUGAUCUGGAUUUCUGCGUCCAGAAUGCCAGUCUUUGCAUGAUCAUUCAUUCCAUCAUGAAGCUCUCAAGCCCUGGCGCUGUACGGAGAUUCCUCCAGGCGCCGGAGCAGUUCAGAACUGCACAGGAAGAUCUCAAUCAACGGUUGGUGUCGUGGUAUCUGCGUUUGCCGCCCCAUCUUACCAACACUGGUUCUUCGAAUUCGACUUUCUGGAGUCUCCAACUUCAGAUACAUUACAAUCUAGCACUUUUGGACUUACAUAGGCUCUCGCGAACCUUGUUUCCUGCUUUGCACGACAUCCAGGGAAUGCACUCUAUGGCAACAUGCCAUAACGCGGCUUCUUCUAUAUCCAAACUCUUCGAUGAUGUUGUGUCAAUUGACGGUAUCAGCAGUUGCUGGUUCUCGUCUCUCACUGCGCUGUUGGCGAUUACCAUCGAAGUCAGUCAUGAGACACGGACUGCGACUAAAGAUGGAGUGGCUGUGCUCGCCAUCCAGGCACAAAAUCGCCUAGAGCGGAUUCUGCCAGUCCUGACUGCAAUAUCCCGGUAUUGGUCCAGCGCCGAGGCAAUCUUACGGCUGUACGAAGACUUGCUAGUACAGUUCAAAAUACAGUCGAAGUCCUGGGCUGAGCCGCACCCACUGGGAAUUAGCCAACCAAACGAGAGUUCUAAUGGCGUACAUCAGGACGUUGCUUCUGGCUCUGCCUCUUGGGUAGAUAACGACCAUGGUGUUGGAAGUGCAGAGGCUUCUGGAUUAGAUUGGCAGGCUUUGUUCGGGGCGGCAUUGCCUACGGAUGCCGUAGAAGUAAACUUCGAUGGCAUUGAUGAUAUAUUCGGGUUAUAA